AUGUCUCCGGCACGCUUCACAAACAAAGUUGCGGGCCAACGUAUCCUUUUGAUGGGCGGCACUGGGGGGGUCGGCAUCAGCGUUGCACAAGCACUCAUUGAAUUUGGGGCAUCAAUCAUCCUCACCUCAUCACGAGAGUCCAAGGUCAAGGAGGUGUGUACUCAGCUUGCCCAUGACUACCCCGAUGCCAAGGGACGCAUCUCCGGAUAUCCCUGCGACUUGGCCAGUUUCACUGUCGAAGAAAAUAUUGAGGAUCUGUUCAAGAAGGUGUGCGAUGUGGACCAUAUUGUGUACAUGGCUGGAGACAGGCUGCCCAUGAUCCCGCUUGAGGACAUUACGAUCGAAAAGUGGUAUAAGUGCAGCCAAGUUCGAACCAUUGCUGCGAUCCUGGUUGUCAAAAUCGGAGUGAGGUUCAUGAAGAAGGAUCGGCAUUCUUCCAUCGUCUUAACAGGGGGUUCUAUAUCCGAGAAACCAAUCGCUGGAGGAUGGUCGAUGCUAGCACUCAUUGGGGCGGGAUUGAAUGGCCUGACACGACAGCUGGCCUUCGAUCUGGCACCCAUUCGCGUCAACUGUGUCGCUCCUGGGGUUAUUGAGACAGAUCUUUGGCAGGGUAUGGAUGAGGAGAGCAAAAAGGAAUUCUUUGCGAGCCACGAAAGCAAGAUGCCUACCGCGAAAGUCGGACAGCCCGUGGACCUGGCUGAAGCAUACCUAUACUGUUUGAAAGAUGCCAAUGCGACGGGAAUCGUGAUUCACUCCAACAGCGGGACAUUCUUGGUGUGA